AUGGUUUGCAAGGAUUUUCACUCAAUUCUGAAAUGUGUCCGAGGUGAAUCGAGUGUGAGAGCAGUGUUGUGGUUUAAUCUGGGCUUCGCUGUGAUCAAAUUAGUGGCGUGGGGAGGUGGUGAAAAUCUGAGAGUACGAGUGUCUCAUGCGUGUGAACGAGUCACAGGUUCCAGUGAAGAGCUGUCCGUGAAUCAGAGUCCAUCCAGCAUCACUGUGAAAGAGGGAGAUUCUGCUCAAAUCACCUGCUGCUGGAAUGGAAUCGCACAUAAAGUUAAAGUUAUUUGGUACAUCAAUGAGACAAAACUUUCAGAUGUAAAGCAGGAACUCUAUAAACAUAAAAUACAGAACUGUUCAACGUUCCACCUCACAAACAUACUUAAAAAUGCUUCGGGUCAUUAUGUUUGUAAAGUGACUCAAGACAUACCAGUCCUGAUUCAGGCGAAAGGUAAUGGAACAGAUCUAUCUGUCAGUGACAGUCAAAUAGAAAAGACAACGACUGUUUCUCACUCGCCUCAAACUACUCAGACUACAAGCCGUAAAUCCUUCGACUCAUCAUCAGAUCUCACCCUGCCUUUAUCUCUGGCUGCUGCCAUCGGCCUGCUGACCCUCUGCUUGGCCUUCAGCGUGUGCAAGAUGAGGAACUCCUGUAAAAAAUCAGAGCGAGUGGUCAUUCACCAGACGCCACACAGUGAGGGUGAGGAGCAUGAGAACAUGGAAGAGGAGGAAGGUAGCACAGGCUCUUCUCGAGGAUCCCUCCAGUGGUACCAAGUGCCUGUUUACUGGUCUUACUUUGAUCUACGGAGGGGUGAAGACCAAUGACAACCAGAAAAGAAAGACGAACGUGAUGUAUUGUUCACUGCAUUGCAUUUUGCAUUCUCUCUCUUCUUUCAUAAGAACAUCUUUGUAAAUAGCAGAAGCGAUUUUAAUCUUCAGAUACAGCUGAAGCCCUUUGAGCUCUUGAUGGCGGUAACAGAUAUGAAUCCCUCUCUUUGUAGCAGCUCUGUUGAUAGUUUUAUUCUUAUUUUAAUUGUGUUGUUUUUUUAGUCUUUUUUAAAUUAAAGUGAAGAUGUGUCAUACUGACAUGCAUGAUACGAAUUCAAACAUGUAUAAAAGUAGCACACACUGCCUGCCCGGAAGUUUUCUUUGUGUCUAACUGUGAAAAGUUUUAUAGUAAAGACUUUUAUGCUGUACAGAUGUCGGCUAUGCCUUUCAGCCUUCUUAGAAAUGUUUCUCAGACUUCAUUCUGACACUUUCAUACUGUGGUUUCUUUUGCCAUUUACAAUAAAAGUCU